AUGGUGCUGCUGGCCGGGCCCGGGCCGGAGGGCGGCGGGACGCACUGCGUGUCCCCACAGCCGCCGUCCGCGCCCCGGGGAGAGCCUGCCGAGGGGGACCCCGAAGACUACGAGGACUACGAGGACUUCUCCGAACUGCCCGACACCCGCAGCAUCGCCUCGGACGAUUCCUUCUACCCUCCGGGCGGCGAGGAGGAGCACAGCGUCUGGAGCGUGGAGAGCAUCUCGGAGGACGUCCCGGAGGCGGCGUCCCUCCUGCGAGCUGCCUGCGCCAACGACGUGGAGCUGCUCCGGGCGCUGGUGCGCCGGGGGCCGCGGGCAGAGGAGGUGCUGGAGACAGACCGCAACGGCCGGACUGGCCUUAUUGUCGCCUGCUACCACGGCUUCGUGGACACCGUGGUGGUCCUAGCAGAAUGCCCCCACGUGGACGUCAACUGGCAGGACCACGAGGGGAACACCGCCCUCAUCAUAGCCGCUCAGGCAGGGCACGCCACCAUCACCAACUACUUGUUGAACUAUUUCCCGGGCCUGGACGUGGAGAGGAGGAACGUGUUCGGGUUCACAGCGCUGAUGAAAGCCGCCAUGCAGGGCCGGACCGAGUGCAUCCGCGCCCUAAUGCUGGCAGGGGCAGAUGUCAACGCCAAGGACCCCCGGCGCGGGAUGUCCCCGCAGGAGUGGGCAGCGUACACGGGCCGCUGGGAGGCCGUCCGCCUCUUCCGGAGGCUGCUGGAGCGGCCCUGCCCCGAGCAGUUUUCCGAAAAGUACAAGCCCGAGCUGCCGCUAGCCACAGAGACUCCGAAGUCCGCCGACUCCAAGAACUGCUUGCAGAGACUCGCCGCCUUCCUGCGCUCCGCUUUGACCCCGCGCUCGGUCCAGGGCCUGGAGGAUGGCGGAGCCCUGGACCACAUGGUCAGGAUGACCACCAGCCUCUACAGCCCGGCCGUGGCAGUGGCCUGCCAGACCGUCUGUCCCGAGGACCCACCCUGCGUCGGGAAAAGGCGGCUGGCGGUGCAGGAGAUCCUGGGGACCCGAGCGGACCGAAGCACUCCUGCCCAGGACAGGAACGAGGCUCAGGACCCUGAGUCACAAUGCCAGCCCUCCCGGUCCAGCGAGGUGUCCAGCGAGGGGUCCCGCAGAGCAAGCCUGGCCACACCCCCGCUGCGGGGCUCCCAGGUGGCCCCUCCCCCGCGGAAGGCCAGCCUCCUCCCGCUGCAACUGCUGAGAAGGAGCAGCGUGCGGCCGGGCGUGGUCAUCCCCAAGGUCAGGGUCAGCAAGGCGCCCGCGCCCACCUUCCACCCGGAGCGGGCAGCCUCCAGGGGCAACACCAAGGACAGCGCCCACCUGCAGAUCCCCAAAUGGCGCUACAAGGAGGCCAAGGAGGAGAAGAAGAAGGCGGAGGAGGCCGAGCGGAAGCGCGCAGCCGAGGCGCAGAAACAACGGCGGAAGUCAUCUCGUUUUAAGAAAAGGACGUGA